CCGCCCCCCACGCUGGAGGCUGACGCCCCGUGUCCCCUGCGAGCGGCGCCGGCCCCGGGAUGAACGGGUGGCGCACGCACUCGCGCGCGGCCGCCCCGGGUGGACCUGCAGGCCUGUGGCGGGGCCGGGGCGCCCCGGCAGGUGCAGCGGGGCCGAGGGGCCGGCGCGGAUGUGGGGAGCAGCCAGGGCCGCGGGUCGGGAGGAGAGCCGGCGGGACCUGCGGGGAGGGUGGGGUCACGGGUACCCUCUGUACCAGCUGGGCAACCCCCAGCUCCGUGUCUUCCGAACAAACUUCUUCAUUCGGCUGGUGCGGCCUGGCACGGCCCAGCCCGAGGACACCGUGCAGUUCCGGAUCCCCAUGGAGAUGACCAGGGUGGACGUCAGGAAUUACCUCGAGCGCAUCUACAACGUGCCCGUGGCCGCCGUGCGGACGAGGGUGCAGCACGGUUCCAACAGGAAGAGGGAUUACAGAAACGUCAGGAUGAAGAAACCAGACUACAAGGUGGCCUAUGUGCAGCUGAUACGGAGGCCGCCCUGCAUCCUUCUUCGCCCGUCUGGAAGCAGACGGCGCUGCCCUGGCGCGUCCCCUCCCGCGCCCCCGAUCCGGGGAGCUGCUCCGGGGCGCACGGACAGACCUUCACGUUCCCCGAUCUGUUUCCCGAGAAAAAGCAGAGCCCUGACGGCAGCCCUAGCGACGAAGACAUCCAGGACAGGCUCCUGGAUGAGCAGCGGCGGAGGCAGAGCCGGGACCCGCGGCGUGGUGGUGUCCCCGGCUGGUUCGGCCUGUGACGGCCCCAAUAAAGUCCUGCGUGUGGAGUAAAGA